GUGGCGUAUGAGUAAAGCAAAAGAGUCUAUUUUGUAAUAAUGAGUUGAAAUUAAUUUCCCUUCAUCUUCAUCUUCAUCGUAGAACGCCUAGUGUUUGAAUUUAUAUAAAUUCAAUCAAAUACAAAAACUGGGUCGUUUUAGAAGAAGGCUCUCGUCUCUGAUUUUGGCGGGUUAAAUUGAAAAACAUAAAUGGCGAAUCUAUAUGUGAAGGCGGUACCACCGGCUGAUCUGAACCGGAACACCGAGUGGUUCAUGUACCCAGGUGUAUGGACUACUUAUAUUCUAUUCCUCUUUUUCUCUUGGCUCCUUGUUCUUUCCAUCUUUGGUUGUUCUCCUGGCAUGGCUUGGACCAUCGUUAAUCUCGCUCACUUCCUUGUUACUUACCACUUCUUUCACUGGAAGAAGGGAACCCCGUUUGCUGAUGAUCAAGGAAUUUACAAUGGCUUGACUUGGUGGGAGCAGAUAGACAAUGGAAAGCAGCUAACACGCAACAGAAAGUUUUUAACCGUUGUACCUGUUGUGCUAUACCUGAUAGCUUCGCAUACAACAGACUACCAACAUCCUAUGCUCUUUCUGAACACGCUUGCAGUGAUCAUCCUCGUCGUUGCCAAGUUCCCAAACAUGCACAAGGUCCGGAUCUUCGGAAUCAAUGCAGACAAGUGAGUUUAUCUCCCCGUUCAGAACAGUUGAUUUCACCAGCUAGAAAAGCCAUACAUACAGCUCCUUCACCUCUGUUGAAAAUGGGUAUAUCUCUUUGUAUAGAACAUUUUGAAGGCUUAAUGUCCUUUCGUUUUCGUGGUGAAUUUUCUGACUGCACACUUGGAAGCUCCCCUUUGAUCAUGAUGAAGGAAUAAUGAGUGUAUCAAGUUAAAAUCUUUGUAUAGUAGAGAAACAUAAUGUAUGUUCAAUAUCAUUUGUGUGUAUAUGUAUUUAUGCUGCUUUCAUGUUCUUAUUUAUGUGUGUGUGUGUAUAUAUAUAUAUAUAUAUUUAUGCAGCUAUCAUGUUCUUAUUUUCA